UUUAGGUGUGGAGCAUACGCGUUGAUGUUCAUGUGCUCGAUCACUGUGGAAACUACAUUGAUUGCGCCUGCCUCGCUGUUUCGGCUGCUCUUCGCCAUUUUAGAAGACCAGACAUUGCUAUUUCAGGAGACGAAGUUGUUAUUUACGACAUCCUCGACCGCCCUCCCGUGCCUCUAAGCCUCCACCAUCUUCCGCUGUGCAUCACCUGCUCGUUUUUUGACUCUGGGUUCCCUUUAUCCAUAAGAGAGCGUGAUGCGCGGGCGCCUCGUCCUUGGCGUGAAUGUCCUGAAGGAAAUCUGCGCUAUACAGCACAACGGUGGCGUACCUCUAUCAAAAGAUCAGAUUAACAGGUGCGCAGAGAUUGCCUUCGUUAAGGUUCAGGAACUUACUUCUUUAAUGGAUAAAGCCUUGCAAUUCUUGCCUGUAAAGAAAAAAGUUGUAAGUCACGCACUCCAAAGGGAAAACGAAACUUUAUCGUCCGGAAAGGGCGCAGAGGUGGGCAGUCAAAGCGAAGAGGAGGAAACUAUAUUGUUAAACUUAUAA